UAGUAAAAAAAAUAUGUUGAAGAGGUUAAGACAAAAUAAUAAAUACAAUUUUCCCUUUAAUACACUUUAAAGGCAUAAAGAAAAUAUGAUUGUAUGAGAAAAAAAAAUGACUCAAUGUUAAUUUUAAGAAAACAAUUAAUUUUUAAUGUAAAAAAAGUUUCAAAUUUUCAAAUAGUGAAAGAAAUGUCAAAGAUGGGAGCAAAGAAAAAUAGAAAGCCUGAAUCAACAAAAAUUGAGACAAUACCUCAAGGACCAAUUUCUCUCGAAAAAGAUGGAACAAUAUCAAUUAAAAUUAAAGCGAAACCAGGUGCGAAACAUAAUGGUAUAACAGAUAUAUCCGAAGAAGGUGUGGGAGUUUCCAUAUCAGCUCCACCAGUUGAAGGUAGUGCGAAUACUGAACUCGUAAAAUAUAUGGCAUCUAUUUUGAAUUUAAAAAAAUCAGAUGUUUCCCUCGAUAAGGGAUGUCGAAGUCGUCAAAAGAAGAUUCUCAUUUCCGGUUCUAAUAUAGAAAAUAUAAUGGAAAAAUUAAAGGAAGAAAUGAAAAGUUAAUUUUUAAUUAAUAACUUCUCAUUAAUGUACAAUUAUUUUAUUAUUAUUAUUAAUCACAUUGACAUUUAGAA